AAUUUGCCACGUAAAUAGAAAAAUAUUAGAAAAGUAAAAGUUAGAAAUUAUAAGUAGUUAAUCAAACAAGUGGUACAAUAAAAUAAAACAAUAAAAAAGUUGAACGCAUCAGAGUGAAUUGUUGCGAAUAAUAAUAAAUAAUAAUAAAUACUUUUAGAUGGAAAUUUAAAUCGACUAAUAAACACGCAAAGGUCUGUUACGUAACUUGGUACAUAUGCACCGGUAUUUAAAUGAACCAGUGCAUUGAUAUUUGCAAAUAAAGUAGCAGUGUCUCUGUCGUCAAUUAUCAACUAACAGAGCCUGGAAAAGUUUUAUUGUAGUAAAUAAAAAAAUAAAAUUCAAUCGAUGAAGAAUUCUGUCAUAAGUAUCAGCUAUGUAGUCGCUAAUAAUGUGACAGUGUUUUAAAUUAUCAACCAACAAAUGCAGUAUUAAUAAUCUCGUAUUUUAAAUUUAACAAUAAAAAAAAUAUUUAUUUAAAUAUUUGUGAACAAAUAAUUUAAUUGAAGUAAUAUCUUCUUUGAAGUCAUACAAAUGGAAAUAUUUAACGAGUUAACUUAAAUACAAUGUAAAUAUUAAUAAUGUCAAGAGAUCGUUUGAGCAAUAAUGAUGGUAGUAUUAAUCCAACACAUGCUUGGAUUUAAUUUGCAUUUAAAAUUUAAGACCAUUGGACUUUGUUUUUGCGUAUAGCUUGAUAAUCUCCAGUUUUUCAGAUUCUCAAGGUAGUUAGAUCAGCUCUUUAUUUAAUUUAAUUACUGUUAAACGUUACCAGAUUAAAUAUUAUUGUCAUUUAAUUCCGGAGAACCGUCACGAGUGUAAGAGUUGUUGUUAAAAAGUGUUAAGAGUUAUUUUGUUUGUUUAACCAUCAAUACAAUAAUUUAAUCAUGGAUAAGUCAGAGUACUAUGACUUGAUAACGGAGCGGAGAAAAUCUUCUGACAUAAUGUGGGCCUCCAGGUACAUGGACAUUGUGGUCCCGCAUUAUUUGUCACCUGAACACAACUGGACCAGGAACCAGGCCAUAGAGUUUACUCUGACACAUCCUAAGGUGCUUAAUACUAUUGACUCGCUCGCUGAGUCUCAGGGUGUUGACAGAGCUGUCAUUGUUCGGGAGGCUAAGAAUAUUCUUGAGGAAGUUGCCAGUAGACAUAAUUUACCGACCUUCAGAUGGCUAGCAAUAAUCGUGGUAAAAGUAUUGAAGCGUAUCCUCCAGAGUUUCAGAGCAAACGUAAAAUAUGUAUUAGACAUAAAAAGCCAAAUGAUGUACUCAGAUGUGCAAUAUGUCUACGUGCCAUCACACAGGAGUUAUUUAGAUUUUAUAUUAAUGUCUUAUCUGCUGUUUAAUUAUGAUAUGGCGAUACCAAACAUAGCCAGUGGUAUGGACUUUUAUCGCAUGAAUAUCGUCGGAGAAAUAUUGCGAAAAACAGGUGCUUUUUAUAUGAGACGCAGCUUUUCUUCAGAUAUAUUGUACAAAGAAACUUUCAAAGCUUAUGUUGCUUCGUUAGUCGAGCACAGCGAUCGCGCUAUUGAAUUUUUUAUUGAGGGAACUAGGAGCCGUAGUCAAAAAAGUAUUGCUCCUAAAUUUGGUUUACUAGGAAUGAUAUUGGAGUCAUUAUUCCAGGGAAAAAUUCCCGAUAUAUUAUUCGUACCAGUGUCAAUAAGUUACGAUAAGCCUUUAGAAGAAUCCUUAUUUUCUUACGAAUUAUUAGGAGUGCCAAAACCAGCUGAGACAACAACAGGACUCUUUAAAUCAUUGUCAAUAUUACGUGAACAACAAGCACAUGGGCACGUUUAUUUCCAUGUCUCACCUCCAAUAUCAGCCGCUAAAUUCAUGGAUGUUUCAUCUAGAAAAUUAAGUGCCUUAAAUCCGAACUCUCGAGUUCCAGCUGAAGUUGUAAAAAACAUUGCUUAUGCAAUUAUCGACAGUCACAAAGAACACACCGUAUUUAUGCCGAUAAAUUUAAUAGCUGUUCUUGUUAACGAGAGAAUUCACUCGCAUCCAGGAAAUCCUUAUACCUUCGACACAUUGCUGCAGGACUAUUGUUGGCUGAAGAAAUUAAUUACUCAGUCUUUGGGGGCUUUAGUUUAUCCAGCACCGGAAAAUCUGGAAGAGGAUCACAUAAGGAGGUCUGAUAAAGACGAAAUAAAAGAAUCAUUGUUCACUCACAGAAAUUUACUCGGAUUUGAUAGUAGUGGGCUGCUAAUAAUUCACGGGUCUCAUCGUGAAAUUAAGUCUAACAAAACAAUCCGCGUCAAAGGUCACACACUUGAUGACCGAACAAUGUCAAUAGCCGUCCCAACUAUAAACCUCGCUAUUUAUGUCAAUCCUAUUUUUGCAAUAUUUACUAAAUUAUCUAUUGCUGUACUGUCAAUUAACAGUAAUAAUUUAUCUCAAGAUAUUGCGGAAGAGCAAUACCUUCUAUUGAGAUCGUUGCUGACAACCGAAUUCGCGUUGCCGGACAAUAUGAAUCGAGGAAUGAUAAUUGAUGAAUUCAGAAAAGAGUUAUCCUUUUUAAUAAACGAAAAGUGUUAUAGAAUCGAUAAUAAUCAACUGUCUUAUGACUGUAACAAUUAUUUAAGAAUGAUGUUGUAUAAUCUAAUACUGCCAUUUAUUUCCGCGGUAUACGUCACUUGUGUCGUUCUAUUUCAGUGGGACAAAUCGAUGGACGAAUUAUCGGAUCAAGAGAUAAUGAAAGAAUGCCAAAAACGUACCGAAGUAUUAUUAUUCCAAGCAGAAAGUUUUAUCAAUCAUCCGUACACAUUAUCAUUAGAUUUAUACACAUCAACGGUAGUGAGUUUGACAUCAUUCGGAGCAUUGACACCCGUCGAGGGUAAACCCCGAGUUUACAAUCCCGACAAACCAAAAUUGUCGUCAAUAAUCAGCGAUCUUGAAAAAAUAAUGUCGCAAAGAUCACCAGGAAAUUACGUAGAUCUAGCUCAAACUUAUUUCCACUUGGACAAUACUCUCCAAGCCAAGCUUUGAGUAUAUAUUCAUAAAGUUAUAAUCUUCAUACUACACAAUAUGUUUUAAAAGUAUUAGCAAAGAUUUUUUAUUGAUAAAAAAUCUUUGCUGGUUUCUAACACUCAGUAUGUACGGAGGCAUUUUCCACGGCAAUUUAUUUCUCAUUUUUUAGAAUAAGUAAUAGCUGACUAGAAUUUUUAAUGAGUGAUUUUUUUUUAUACCACGGGAAUUAUUUGUCGUGCAGCAAAGAGUCCACCCGGUUGAUGUAUUAACUCUGAUUGAAUAUAAAUAUAUCAAUAUUAUUAAUAUUAUAAAUAUAAAUAUAAAUAGAAGCUCAGUGAAUUUCAAUCAAAGUUUUUAAUCAAAUUUAUCUUGGUUGAUAACUCAAUAGAAAAUUUUUUUUUU